AUGAGUGCAUCAAACAAAGGGAACGGGGAACCCGAAGGGUGCGUCCAAUGGGCGGACGACGAGAUUCAAACGCUCCGCACAAACAUGGAGAACAAUCCAAAGAACCGCUGUUCCGACUUGAAGAGGUAUACCCUUCUUUUGACCAACCUCCCCCACAAGAGACUAAGAGAUGUAGCAACACGUGUGAAAUUCAUCGAGUACACUGAGGCAGGGGGAACACUAGGUUGGGCGGAAUUUUGCAGAGAUAAAAACUUGGCUCGUCCGCUCCAUACAAAUACUUCAGGGAAAGCACAUAAUUCGUCCAGUCAGGAGAGCGACGACGUUGAAAGCUCUUCAGUGAAAGGAAAACCAACAGGACGGAUGACACCAAUGAUGGAUUCAAUCGAAAAUGUGUUGGGCUCUAUACAAGAUGAUACCCCAAAUUCACCCGAACCAAAACACCCCCCUUCAUCACAACAGACUUUACAGAUACAGGUACAGCCAACUCAACCUUCAAAGAGGCAAACCAAAGCCAAAAACAUUCGAAAAGGAAAGACAACAAAUGGGCCAAUAUCAACAUCAAAAAGUCCAAAGGAGGAAUUCAAGGAAGUUGUUGCUAUGAAACAAGUACCUUUCACAAAUGCACCUCCACCCCCUGUACAAAAACAACAAGUUACACCUCAAACAACCACUCAACCAAUUCAGCAACCACUCCCAAUUCAAAGCAUCCCUUCGAUCAAAAUUGCACAGACCCUCCAACCACAAUGUCAACAAAUUCAACAAGUACCACAAGAACUUCAACAACAACCCCAACAAACAAAAACUGAAGAAAAAACAACAGACCCCGACUUCAAGAAUAGGCUGGCAAUGAUUAUGACAAACGCAAACCAAGUGCUCGACUUGUUGUACCAACACGAGCUUGACAGCGGACAAAUCUCAUUCGAGAACAUUAACAACUUCCUUGUCUAUGUACAACAGAUUUCUCAAUUCACAGAAGAGCUUGCUAAGCCAUACAACCUCCCGACCAUGUUUAUGAUCCCUUACUCGAUGAAUGAAAUCCAGCAACUUGUCCAAGCUCCACAACUCAUUAAGAUGUAUGACCAAGCCACUUCGUCAUCAAUGCAAAGUUCAAAUCUAUGA